GAGCACCUGGCGAGCGCCACCUUCGCCUCAAAGCGCCCUCGGACCCUGAUCCAGCAUAAGGCCAGAGUUGGGCAGUGAGGGGUCUCGAGGGGUGGAGAGGGGAUUAUUGCCCUCUCAAGAGUCCUACGUAGGGGCCUCCUAAGCCUUACUCCCUUAGACCAUGUAACUCCCUUAGACUGUGUAACUCCCUUAGACCGUGUAACAGGCCACCCCGAUUACGCGCCAAACUCAGGCUGCGGUUUUUGGCGCAGCCUCGGUCCCGCCUGAUUUCAGUUUCCAUUUCGUUGCCCCUGGUGCCCCACCGCCCGCGGCUGUCUGGGGAUUUGCCCGGUGAUCAGUGACGUAAAAGAGACUAAGGUUCCUAUUGGAAGGCGAAGUUCGGCAGGAGCCAAUCCCGGGGCUGGUCCGGGAGAAAUCUCGGCGAAGGGCCCCGAAUAGCCGGGAGAUUACGGGGCGGGGACGAGCUGUCGCGCUGGUUGCUCGUGUAGGAGCGGGACCCGGAACAGACCGCCGCGAGAGAGGAGGGGCCCCGGCCGGGAUUCGCGGCCCGGAGCUCGGGACCGGUUGCUUCAUUCCAGCCUCACAGUCACCUCUGUGCCCUGCUGGUUGUCUUCCCAGCGCUGCUGUAGUUGCCUUCCAUGGAUCUAUAGGAGAGCAAGUCCUCCAGGAGAAGUCCUCACCAGUGAACGGAGACAUCUCUGAACUAAGGAUACCAUGGCCACGUCAGCCCCACUACGGAGCCUGGAAGAGGAGGUGACCUGCUCCAUCUGUCUCGAUUACCUGCGGGACCCUGUGACCAUUGACUGUGGCCACGUCUUCUGCCGCAGCUGCACCACAGACGUCCGCCCCAUCUCAGGGAGCCGCCCCGUCUGCCCACUCUGCAAGAAGCCUUUUAAGAAGGAGAACAUCCGACCCGUGUGGCAACUGGCCAGCCUGGUGGAGAACAUUGAGCGGCUAAAGGUGGACAAAGGCAGGCAGCCGGGAGAGGUGACCCGGGAGCAGCAGGAUGCGAAGUUGUGCGAGCGACACCGAGAGAAGCUGCACUACUACUGUGAGGAUGACGGGAAGCUGCUGUGCGUGAUGUGCCGGGAGUCCCGGGAGCACAGGCCCCACACGGCCGUCCUCAUGGAGAAGGCCGCCCAGCCCCACAGGGAAAAAAUCCUGAACCACCUGAGUACCCUAAGGAGAGACAGAGACAAAAUUCAGGGCUUCCAGGCAAAGGGAGAAGCUGAUAUCCUGGCCGCGCUGAAGAAGCUACAGGACCAGAGGCAGUACAUUGUGGCUGAGUUUGAGCAGGGUCAUCAGUUCCUGAGGGAGCGGGAGGAACACCUGCUGGAACAGCUGGCGAAGCUGGAGCAGGAGCUCACGGAGGGCAGGGAGAAGUUCAAGAGCCGGGGCGUCGGGGAGCUCGCCCGGCUGGCCCUGGUCAUCUCCGAACUGGAGGGCAAGGCGCAGCAGCCAGCUGCAGAGCUCAUGCAGGACACGAGAGACUUCCUAAACAGGUAUCCACGGAAGAAGUUCUGGGUUGGGAAACCCAUCGCUCGAGUGGUUAAAAAAAAGACCGGAGAAUUCUCAGAUAAACUCCUCUCUCUGCAGCGAGGCCUGAGGGAAUUCCAGGGGAAGCUGCUGAGAGACUUGGAAUAUAAGACAGUGAGUGUCACCCUGGACCCACAGUCGGCCAGUGGGUACCUGCAGCUGUCAGAGGACUGGAAGUGCGUGACCUACACCAGCCUGUACAAGAGUGCCUACCUGCACCCCCAGCAGUUUGACUGUGAGCCUGGGGUGCUGGGCAGCAAGGGCUUCACCUGGGGCAAGGUCUACUGGGAAGUGGAAGUGGAGAGGGAGGGCUGGUCUGAGGAUGAAGAAGAGGGGGAUGAGGAGGAAGAAGGAGAAGAGGAGGAGGAGGAAGAGGAGGCCGGCUAUGGGGAUGGAUACGACGACUGGGAAACGGAUGAAGAUGAGGAAUCGUUGGGCGAUGAAGAGGAAGAAGAGGAGGAGGAAGAGGAGGAAGUUCUGGAAAGUUGCAUGGUGGGGGUGGCUAGAGACUCUGUGAAGAGGAAGGGAGACCUCUCCCUGCGGCCAGAGGAUGGCGUUUGGGCGCUGCGCCUCUCCUCCUCCGGCAUCUGGGCGAACACCAGCCCCGAGGCCGAGCUUUUCCCAGCACUGCGGCCCCGGAGAGUGGGCAUCGCCCUGGAUUAUGAAGGGGGCACCGUGACUUUCACCAACGCAGAGUCACAGGAACUCAUCUACACCUUCACUGCCACCUUUACCCGGCGCCUGGUCCCCUUCCUGUGGCUCAAGUGGCCAGGAACGCGCCUCCUGCUGAGACCCUGAGCCCUGACAUCUGCCCCCGGCCCCACACCCUCAGAUGCUUCACUUGUUUGGAAUUCCAGGACUCUCAAUGGGGGAAGGGAUGCCUGGCCUAAGUACCUGGAGCAGGGGACCCCAUAUCCACUGGCAGCCACCUCCCCAUCACUGUGGCCCCCUGAAAUCUCACUCAGUGCUAUUGCUCCAUCUACUGCCCUAAUGGGGCUCUUCUCCCACCUCCUGCUGGUUUCCUGAGGGAACUUCUGACCCUGGAGUCCAUGAGGGCUCCUUUCCUUUUUGACCACGACCUUGGCCCCAGCUCUGCACUCUCUGUGGAGUAAGGGCCUGAAGCAGCAUUUUCUUGCCCAGUGUGGCAAGACCUCGGAAAAACCAGUCGAUUACGCCUAAGAUCAUUUUGCUGUCCUUAAACCCCCCAGGUUCCUUCUUGCACAAAUCCACUCUGCUGCCCACCUUCCCUGGCAUUUUAAACAGAUCUACCCCACCCCAACUCAGAGUUAAGCAUAUACACGGCAAUACUGAAAAUAAACAAUGAAAAUCCACUGAGGCUUCCCAGGCCAUUUAAGGCCUGGAGUACCAGCGCAUAUCAUCUCAUGGGGUCCAGAGUGGAGUCCAGGCUUCUCUGAAACCAGGGCUGAGCAUAUUUCCAUAGCCAAGGAGGUGGGACUCCCUGGAGCUAUCUGUGGUCUUAGGGAAGGAUCCAGACAUACACGGCUUUGGGAUACAAGCUGUGAUCACUGAUCAAUAAAUUAUCUCUGGAUUGGUCCUUGUGAGGGGAGUUUUAAGAAUCCAGAACAUCUUGCUCUUGAUCAGCACAUCCAAAAACACCAAGACAAAUAUCCAGUGGAGCAGAACCUCUCCUGCCUCGGGAGUUCUGACCAGGUUCCCCGGCAGGGUGUUAAGCCUCUGUCUCUGGCCCUACCAGCAUCCAGGUUCCACUUUCCUAGGAGAGAGUGGAGAUGGGAAGACAGGGAAAGGAAGGCAGCAGGAGGCCACAAGCCCACCAGGUCUUCAUGUCAAGAGAGGGAGUAACAUGUCUCCUCACUGCCCACAGACCCAGCCUCUGUCCAGGCGCCCCUUAUGGUUACAGUUUAACACAAGCUCUCCUGCUCCAGCCAAAUUGAUCUGCCAGUCUUGUCCUUACCCAUUCCAAGUGCUCUGCCAGCCCCUGUUCAUCCACGUUUUAAGUCCUCCACCCUGUUCUAAGAGACUGUUCCAAUGGCUCUGGGCCUCAGUGGUCUCUUGACCACCAUUGUCUCAGAGCUGCCCACUUUGUGUGUGUCACAUGCUGCCUGAGUCACAUGUACAUCUUAUUUCUGCCUCUAGUUUUGUAAGCUCCUGGAGGGCGGAUAACAUACUACUCUUGUAUUCUCAUGGCACCUAGUGCAGUGCUGGGCACAGAGUAGGUGCUCAAUAAAGACUUGUUGAAUGAA